UCUGGUUCUGGUUCAGCAGAACCUCCAACAUCCCGGUCCUGGUUCUGGAUCUGGUCCUGGUUCAGCAGAACCUCCAACCUCCAGCUCAGGAUCCCGGUCCUGGUCCUGGUUCUGGAUCCGCUGGACCUUAAGUUCCUGUGAUCGAGCUGUUUUUUGGAACCGACCCCGUUUCGUUUUCGUCUCGUCAUGUCGGGCCAGAAACCGAACCUGAAGCCCGGGCCCGGGUCCCCGCAGAGCCGCUUCCAGGUGGACGUGGUGACCGAGGGGGGCGGCCCGGGCCCGGGGGGGCCCCAGGACGGGUCCCGGCCCAGGACGGUCGUGUUUCUGGACGACUGCGGCACCGACAUCGGCGCGCCCCCGGACGUGCAGGAGCCGGACCCGCUGAAGAGCGACUCGGUGUCGCUGCACUCCACCGGCACCGGCCACACCCACGGCUCGGACUCGCACUCGCACACCUACUACCUGAGAACCUUCGGGCACAACACCAUCGACGCGGUGCCGAACAUCGACUUCUACCGGCAGACCCAAGCCCCGCUCGGGGAGAAGCUGAUCCGGCCGUCGCUGGCGGAGCUGCACGACGAGCUGGACAAGGAACCGUUCGAGGACGGCAUGGCCAACGGGGAGGAGCCGUCUGCGGCCGAGGGGACGGCUCUGAUGAAAAAAGAAGCAAAAGGAAGUUUGAAGUUCGGAUGGAUCAAAGGAGUUCUGGUUCGCUGCAUGCUGAACAUCUGGGGAGUGAUGUUGUUCAUCAGGAUGUCCUGGAUCGUUGGACAGGCGGGGAUCGGCCUCACCAUCGCCAUCAUCCUGAUGGCCACCGUGGUCACCACCAUCACGGGUCUGUCCACCUCCGCCAUCGCUACCAACGGCUUCGUACGGGGAGGCGGCGCCUACUACCUGAUCUCCAGGAGUUUGGGCCCCGAGUUCGGCGGCUCCAUCGGCCUGAUCUUCGCCUUCGCCAACGCCGUGGCGGUGGCCAUGUACGUGGUGGGCUUCGCCGAGACCGUGGUGCAGAUGCUCAGCGAAGUGGACGCCCUGAUGACGGACGAGCUGAACGACAUCCGCAUCGUGGGGACUCUGACCAUCAUCCUGCUGCUGGGAAUAUCGGUGGCCGGGAUGGAGUGGGAGGCCAAGGCCCAGAUUGUGCUGCUCGUCAUCCUUCUCGCCGCCAUCGCUAACUUCUUCAUCGGGACCUUCAUGGUGUCGGAGAGCAAAGAGCCCAAGGGUUUCUUCGGUUACCACGCAUCCAUCCUGGUGGAGAACUUCGGCCCCGACUUCAGGGACGACGAGACUUUCUUCUCCGUGUUCGCCAUCUUCUUCCCGGCAGCCACCGGGAUCCUGGCGGGGGCCAACAUCUCCGGAGACCUGGAGGACCCCCAGUCCGCCAUCCCUAAGGGAACCCUGCUGGCCAUCCUGAUCACCGGCAUCACCUACGUGGGCGUGGCCUUCUCCACAGGUGCCUGCAUCGUCCGAGACGCCACCGGGGACCAGAACGACACGGUGACCGACACGGUGAACUGCAGCGACGCCUCCUGCUCGCUCGGGUUCGACUUCUCCAUCUGCCGGGAGGGAGGCUGCCAGUACGGGCUGAUGAACGACUUCCAGGUCAUGAGUCUGGUCUCUGCCUUCGGUCCUCUCAUCUCUGCUGGGAUUUUCUCCGCCACCUUGUCCUCGGCUCUGGCCUCGUUGGUCUCCGCCCCCAAGGUCUUCCAGGCUCUCUGUAAGGACAACAUCUACCCGGGUCUUAGCGUCUUCGCUAAAGGCUACGGCAGGAACAACGAGCCGCUGCGCGGCUACGUGCUAACCUUCUUCAUCGGCCUGGCCUUCAUCCUCAUCGCGGAGCUGAACAUCAUCGCUCCGAUCAUCUCCAACUUCUUCCUGGCUUCGUACGCUCUGAUCAACUUCUCCGUGUUCCACGCCUCGCUGGCCAACUCCCCAGGGUGGCGUCCCAGCUUCCGCUACUACAACAAGUGGGUGUCCCUGGCCGGCUCCGUGCUCUGCUGCGUCGUCAUGUUCGUCAUCAACUGGUGGGCGGCACUGGUGACGCUGCUCAUCGUGCUGGCGCUCUACAUCUACGUCAGCUACAAGAAGCCGGACGUGAACUGGGGCUCGUCCACUCAGGCUCUGAUCUACAACCAGGCUCUGACUCACUGCCACAACCUGACGGGGGUGGAGGACCACGUCAAGAACUUCAGACCCCAGUGCCUGGUUCUGGUCGGGUUCCCAAACUCCCGUCCUGCUCUGGUCCAGCUCGUCAACUCCUUCACCAAGAACGUGAGCCUGAUGGUCUGCGCUCACGUCCGGACGGGGUCCCGGCGGCCGAGCCACAAGGAGGCGCUGCAGGACCAGAACCGCUGCCAGCGCUGGCUCAGCAAGAAACGCGUCAAGGCUUUUUACGUCCCGGUGUUCGCCGAGAACCUGCGGAAGGGAGCGCAGCUGCUGCUGCAGGCCGUGGGUCUGGGCCGGCUCAAGCCCAACACGCUGGUCAUGGGAUUCAAGAACAACUGGAGCGACGGAGACAUGAAGGACGUGGAGAACUACGUCAACACCAUCCACGACGCCUUCGACCUCCAGUUCGGGGUGGUUCUGCUCCGGCUGCAGGACGGACUGGACGUCUCGCACAUCCAGGGACAGGAUGAGCUGCUGACGUCGCAGGAGAAGCCGCCGCUGAGCAGCAAAGACGUGCUGAUCUCCGUCUCUCUGGUCAAGGACUCGGACUCGGACUCGUGUCCCUCCAAGACGGCUAGCAACCAGAGCAGCCCGCUCAUCAUCAAAGCGUCGGAGACCAAGUCGCCGCUGAGCCUGACGGACCAGCGGCUGCUAGAAGCUAGCACGCAGUUCAAGAGGAAGCAGGGGAAGGGAACCAUCGACGUGUGGUGGCUGUUCGACGACGGCGGUCUAACUCUCCUCAUCCCCUACCUCCUCACCAACCGCAGUAAAUGGGGCGACUGCAGGAUCAGAGUUUUCAUCGGAGGAAAAAUCAACCGCAUCGACCACGACCGCCGAGCGAUGGCUACGCUGCUCAGCAAGUUCCGGAUCGACUUCUCCGACAUCAACGUCCUCGGAGACAUAAACACCAAACCCAAGAAGCACAACAAGCUGAGCUUCAAGGAGCUGAUCGAGCCGUUCCGGCUGAAGGAGGACGACAUGGAGCAGGAAGUGGCCGAGAAGCUGAAGCUCCAGGAGCCGUGGAGGAUCACGGACAACGAGCUGGAGCUGUACAAGGCCAAGACGAACCGUCAGAUCCGGCUGAACGAGCUGCUGAAGGAACAUUCCAGCGCCGCCAAGCUGAUCGUCGUGAGCAUGCCGUUGGCCAGGAAGGGAACCGUCUCCAGCGCCCUCUACAUGUCGUGGUUGGAGACGCUAACGAAGGAUCUGCCGCCGCUGCUGCUGGUGCGAGGAAACCACCAGAGUGUGCUGACCUUCUACUCCUAACACACAACCAUGGACCUGCACACGCACACAUGGACCUGCACACACGCACGCACGCACACACACACACACACACACACGCACACACACACACACACUGACGGCUCGGCUGCCGUGAAUGUCGGAGUUUGUAACUAACGGUUUAACAGGGUACCAGGGCCACGCUGGAGAAACAUGUUUGAGAGGAAGAGUUUUUUAUUGUGCACUUCGAGAAAAAAGUGGAAAUGUCGAGAUUCAUUUUGAAGUACAAUUUCAAGAAAAAACUCGAAAUUUCGUGAAUAAAGUCAAAUUUUUUUUCCUUUUUUCUCAACAUUUCGUCUUUUUUUCUCAACAUUUCAACUUUUUUCUUGAAGUGCACAAUAAAAAAACUCUUCCUCCUCUAAACUAUUAUUGUUAUUUUUCUCCUCCUCUUCCUGCGGUGACUAACGGUGAAUAUUUAACCCGUUUCUCCAACGAUGCUGAUUCUGACGUCGACUCGUUUUUCCGUUUUUCUCCGGGUUCGAGUCAGAAAAAACUGUAACGUUUAACUUCAUUUUGUACCUGAUUUUAUUAAAGAAUUA